CCAAAUGUCGUUUUUCACAUUGAGCUCAUUUCUCAAAGACAGACUUUGUUAUUCGAUUGUUGUGUUAUUGAAUUUGAAUUUUUCUUUUGUCCGAUAAAAUUGUUUCUGGAAACAAACAAAACAAUGAUUUCAUCACGUGUAUUGAAUCUGAUUCCAAAAAGUGUGAUGCGUCAAUCAUUGGCACGAUCACAUGAUCAUAAAGAAAUUGUCUACAAAGGAGCUAAUUUUCCAUUCGACACAUACAAUAGCCGUUCAUUGGCCAUCAAAAUGAUCAUAUUCUUUUCUAUCCCGUAUUCAAUACCAUAUUUGGUUUGGCGACGUCGUUUGGCCCGUAACAAAGGAAUCUAAAAAAAACACUAUGAUGGCUAGGACCGGGUGAUUGGUGAUUAUUAAUUGUGAGAAAAAAAGAACUGAUGAGAUUAAAUAAAAAAAACUUGUAGCAAAA